AUGUCGGGCGAUCUGGAUAUCGACUUCACGCGCCGGAACAAGAAACCGCGCCCGCUUUCUGAGCAUGAGAAGGAGAAGCUGGAUGAGUUUGUCGACGCGAUCCACUACUCGGCAAGGUACUCGGACGACGUCUACGAAUAUCGCCAUGUACAGCUGCCCAAGCAGAUGCUGAAGGCGAUUCCCAAGGACUACUUUGAUGGCGCACGAGGCACACUGAAGUUGCUGUGGGAAGAGGAGUGGAGGGCACUGGGAAUCACUCAGAGUUUGGGAUGGGAACACUAUGAGGUACAUGAGCCAGAGCCGCAUAUUUUGCUCUUCAAGCGACCUAUCAACUACCAGCCGCCUAUGCACUGA